AUGGCCUUUAAAUAUAAUGCCGAAUCAGGAUUACAAUUAAUAGCACGACUUAAAUCUAGACCUGUGAUUUUAAAUUUAAGUCCUUUACUACCAAAUAACCUAACUAAUGAAAUCAUAGAAAUAUCUGGAAAUACAUCUACAGGAAAAACUUUAUUUUUAACUGAAUGUGUGGCCAAGUGUAUUAUUCCUCAAAACUAUAAUGGUAUAGAUGCUGGUGUUAUUUACAUUGAUCUGGAUGGACAGUUUAAUAUUUCUAAACUUGUUGAUAUUAUCAAUCGUAUAAUAAAAGAUGCAAACUCAGAACUUUUGAAUGCUUGUUUAGAAAAACUAACUGUCAUUAAUUCAUGUGAUAGUUCAACUCUUUAUGUGACUUUACAAAGGUUAAAAAUAUUUUUAACUGAGCACAGCUCUGUUGGUUUAAUAAUUUUAGAUAGUGUAUCUGCUAAUUAUUGGCAAGAUUCAAUAUCUGGCGGUGAAAAGUAUAUGGAUAAAUAUACAGAGAAAAUGAUUUCCACUCUAAAAUUAUGUGUUCAAGAUUUUAAAAUACCUAUAAUAUUUACUAAACAUGGUUACUUCCAUUCAAAACUUCAAGUUAAUUCUCAUGAAGUCCAAAAUUAG